UUUAUUCAGAGACUUUAAGAACUGCAAACCCAUGGUGGACUCCCGGCUGCCAGGAGUGUGAUAUGGUAGAGCCGGAGAUCAGAGGAAAGGAUGAGAAUUCAACUCCUCACCUUCCCGGUCCUGUGCAUUCUCUCAAAGGCUUGUGCCCAGUUCUGCCGGAGACCAUGCCACUGCCCCUGGAGGCCCCCUCGCUGCCCGCCCGGAGCCCCCCUGGUCCUGGACGGCUGCCAGUGCUGCAGAGUGUGUGCGCGGAGGCUGGGGGAGCCCUGUGACCCGGUCAAUGUCUGCGACCAGAGCCAGGGGCUCGUCUGUGACCACAGUGCCGCUCUCGCGGGCGGAGGAGCCACCUGCAACUUUGACGGUGACGAGGCGGAGGAUGCGGACGGCGGCUGCGAGAUGAACGGGAGAAUCUACCGGGCCGGGGAGGUGUUCCAGCCUAGCUGCAAGCUGCAGUGCCGCUGCUCCGAAGGGGGCUUCACCUGCGUGCCCCUCUGCAGCGAGGACGUCCGGCUGCCCAGCUGGGACUGCCCUCACCCCCGACGGGUGGCCGUGCCCGGGAAGUGCUGCCAGGAGUGGGUAUGCGACCAGACGGGGGGAGAGAUGGUCCCCCCGGCCGCCGCCGGGACAGGGCCUCCCCGGGGCCCGGCCCUCCCGCAGCUUCCCGGCCCGCACUGUAAGGAGUGGGGCACGGCCUGGGGUCCUUGCUCAGCGAGCUGUGGGCUCGGCGUGGCCACCCGCCUGACCAACCAGAACCGCGACUGCCGCCUGGAGCCCCAGCACCGCCUGUGCCUACUGCGCCCCUGCCCGUCGUCACUGCUGCCGGCCGCCAGCCCCCGGGGGGACCCGUUCUAGACCCCCCCCGGGGCAGAGGCCAAGCCAAGCCAGCUCUGCGCCUUCCGCCUUCCUGGUGAGGAGACCCCAGCCAACGCCCUGCCCCCAAGGCCCGCCUGGUCACCCGGGGGACCCGCCACCAGGGUCGCUGAUCCUCCCCACACCACCCGCCGCUGCAGCACUCGCCCAGCCCACGCUCCCCUCUCCCACCACUCUGGGCAGCAGAAUGCCAUCCUCAGCAGCCGGAGGGAACCGCGGCUGGACCGCCACCCGGCGACCUCCAGGGACAAGACCGGGACCAGACCUAGAACGAUCCAGCACCCCGGAUCCCCCCGCCACGGUGGCCACCAGCUACACAACUGGUCCAACUAAGCCACCGCCCAAUCCCGGAUAGGGCACCGGGCAGAGGGGGCUGAGUCUGGAGGUUGAGCUGGCUUCUGAAAGUCUCCAGACCAGAGAAUCACAGGUGCCCGGGCUACUGAGAGGAUGAAGAGAGCAUCGCGAAGGACCAGGUAUCUCCCCGCUGGGGGCUGGGGUCACCUUCCUACCAGCCUGCGAGAUGACGGUGGUACCCGGAGGCUCCGGUGGAGUCCAGGACGUGAUGGAGCCUCGCACUGGAUGUGGUGAAGUGGGCGCCUUCUCCGGUGUCCGGCUUGUCCCUCUCGCCCUGACCACCCUGGUGUUCUGUUCCUAUUUAACAUGGGGCAUUAGGAACACUGGGCUUCUUGCUUCUGUAGCCCUGACUCGUGUGUAUUUUACAGUAUUAUAAUCAACAUCAUCAUC